AACAGCAUCAUUAUUUUUCACUGGCAAACACCUUCCGUAGUCCGCUUUCCAUUGUUUUAUACGUCGGUAUUACUGAAGUCUUGAUUAGAGUGUGGAGGAAAAGAUCAAAGACCUAAUCGUUAAGGAAUAUUAUCAACAAUGCCGCGAUUUCUGGUUUUCUUCUGGGUCUUCGCCUUCAUGUUGGCGUAUGAGGUCGACAGCCGCGGAGUGUCUUUGUCAAGAGGUCUGUCCAGAAUUGGGUCGAACUUCCUCAGGCGAAAUAGAGAUGCAAGUGGAGUGUUGAACACAGUCGCAACUGCAUCGUCAGUUUACGUCGGCGGUACCGGUAUCUGGUGGCGAUCUGGGAUAAUCGCAUCGAUAAAUCAACUGGAACAAGGAAAGAAAGAAGAAGCCAUGGAGACACUGAAUAUUGCCAUCGCAACCCUGACUGUCUUUGACACUACUCAAGCAACGGUCCAACCAAUCGCUUCUGAACUUAUCCAUCAACUAGUGAAACAUAAAGGACAGUUUAAUACAUUUUUCCAAGGAUUGACAAGCUAUAAUGGAAUGGUGACUCAGCGAACUGUCAUAGAAACUACAAGCGAUGCCGAUGACAUCAUUGAGAGUGCCAAUUCUAUGAAGAAGCAAAUCGCUGAGUUUUUCGACAAUGAGGUUACAGCAAUAAUGAGAAAUACCCAAGGAUAUGAAGACCUUGUGACAAGCCUCAAUAAUGCAAAGAAAUGGGCCAAAGCUGCGACCUGGYUGGAUACAAUAAGUGGGCCACUUUUCGACGCUGCCAACAUAGCGUUUUGUGGCUGGCAAUUACAUAAUGCAAUACAAGACACAGAUUCUCCACCAGAGACCAAAGCAUUGAACAUUGCCAGUGCAUCKUUAGGRGUGGCAAGUGGGGCGGUWGGAGUGGURUCAUUCGUUGCGGGRGCAUUAGCCACGGCUGGAAGUACAYUGGCUGCAUUUGCAGGUCCUGUCGGUGCAAUAAUUGGGUGUGUACUUGGUCUUGCCUCUAUAAUCAUCGAUCUCAUCAACUCACAUAACCCUCAUGGUACCAUUAAAGAUCACCUUGAAACCAUCCAGGCACUAAGAGAAGGUUCGUUACAGUAUCUUGAAAAUGAUGUUAACCUAACKAAGUCAAUGACAUCAUCCUUCUCACGAAGUGUUGGGUUUGACACAGUCUACCAAGUGAACCAAGGAAAUCUGAUAAUGGCGAUGCGUACAGAUGCUUUCAAAACCAUCAGUGGUGUUGACAGCGAUUCCAACGUCGCUUUUAACAUCAAACGUACCCCUGCAGACGACGAUGGCUACCUCGCGUUGGGUACGAACCGGAUCUUUGACAAGUCAAAGUACGCUAAUUUGAUAUGGCAUCCUGAAGGUACAGUACCACUUGGCUAUGACUUUUAUGGAAAAGUAGUAAAACCCGACGGAAAAGGAGUUACUGUCUUCGCCACGACUGCCAUGGUUGCUGAACGGUUCUGGAUCCGAGGAAUUCACAUUGACACACGACUUGAAAAUGACGAAGCAGCCCCAGACAAUGUUAUAAUUGGAGAACUGUCAGGUCUCGCUGAAUCUUCGAGUAAUAUACGAGUGUAUACAGGUGCUGGCGAUGAUCUUCUUCAGGUCACUGGAGUCACUUGUAAUAGGUGGACACAGGGAGGUUUCCAGGCUGAAUUGGGCAGUGGGGUGAAUNGUUGUCUUUCCAAGGCAUGAACCCCGACCGAAGGCAGUUUCCCGGGGAUGCUAGCGAACAGGAAGACUUCAAAAUAUUUGCUGGAAUAAAAUACAGUAUGCAUACAAAUUGGGGAUCACUUUACUUCAAGCUGAAAGCAUCCGAAAGCUCAAAUGAAAUAGAAAAUUUUGGGAUUGGUGAAAUCAAAGAUGUCAGUGUGCUUUAUGGAUCUCCAUUUGAUGACGAAGUUUMACUGUUUGACGUAAAAGAUGGCAUAGUUAAAAGCGAUGGUGGACGAAAUAACUAUGUCAUCUAUGUCGCUAACGAGGAGAACUCAAAGGACUUCACACAUACCAUCACCGAUGAWUCAGAAGACUUUGGUAAUGUGUUUCUCGCUUCGAAGAUUCCAAACUCCAGUCCUUGGGCGUACCAAAAGCUCACAGAAACAGAUGUAGUAUACAACAAAGAGACGCAAACACURGUUAUCUAYAUGAGAGAYGAACAGGGUAAUCAUAAGUACACUGGCAGAGUCAUUUUCAAGCGUACCAAACCAGRMGAUAUUGGCAGAACCCAAGUGUACUUCACUCAACCUGGURGAGCCAACAGAUGCUUACAGAUCGCGUCUUUGAACAGGAAAAACGUUGAAUGCAGAAAUCCKAAACCACUYAAUGACCUCAGCAGACCGAUUGGUGUUGAUCAAAGCGAGACUAUUGAUGACCGCCCUGUUCCAAGUGUUCCAUUCCAAUACAACAUGGACGCCGACUUGACRGCACAKCCCAUUCCUGGCCUUUGYGGGGAUUUUGUUAUUUCUGU